AUGUCCAACAUCCACCAGGUCCUGAACAAGACGCAGCAAGCCGAACUACACCGGGGUUGUCAUCCUUACCACCCCGGUUGGCAAACUGCAUAUGGAUAUGUCCCAUCAGAAGGCGCAGGGAUCGCGUUCUGUGCCCUAUUCGCUGUAUCUAUGGUUAUCCAUAUUGUCCAGCUUUCAUGGAAGCGUACUUGGUGGCUUUGUGUUUUCCCAAUUGGAUGUUUAGUCGAGCUACUUGGCUGGGCUGGUAGGACGUGGUCUUCUAUUUGUGUUUACAACCAAAAUGCAUUCCUCAUGCAGAUUUCUACUUUAAUUAUUGCCCCGACAUUCUUCACGGCCGGCAUCUAUAUCCUCCUUGGCCGCUUCAUCCAAAUUUUCGGCCGUGAAUCCUCGAUCCUCUCACCAAAAGCAUACCUCUGGGUUUUCUGCACCUGUGAUAUUAUAUCGCUCGUAGUACAAGCAGUUGGCGGCGGUUUAGCCUCUUCGGCAUUCGCCAAAGAAGGUGGCGACACAACACCAGGGACAAAUACCAUGGUGGCAGGUGUGAUAUUCCAACUCGCCUCAAUCACGAUCUUCGUCUUCUGUGCCACAAAAUUUCUGCGUCGUGUGAAAAAAAUGGGCGUUUUGCAAACAGCCUCUUUGUCUUUCAUAACGCUCAUGGGCGCAAUGGUCGUCUCGGUUCUGUGCAUUUAUGUUCGUUCUAUUUACCGAACAAUUGAGCUUUUGCAGGGCUGGAGAGGCUAUUUGAUUACCCAUGAGCUGUACUUCACUGUGCUUGAUGGUGUGAUGAUGGUUGUGGCUGGGGCUGUCUUUAAUAUCUUCAACCCCGGUUGGUUGCUUGACUCUGUCAAGGGGGCCACUCUACCUAAAUCUCGGUCUGCUACUGAGUUGACGGAAUCCAAGCCUGAAUAUGAAAUGGAAAGAUCGCAAUGGAUCUAA